AGCCCAGGCACCUCCACCCUAAGAGGAUCUUCGAUGUCAGGGUGGCACAACCCUUCUUUCCCCAGCACAGCGGGCAGAUCGGGCAGGUCACAAGCAGCCCAGCCAGUCCACACCAGCUUCUGUGUCCCCGUUCAUCUUAAAUAAGGACGCCAUCUUCUUUUACUGUUCAAGAAAGAAGUGUCUCUGUCAUACACAGGGGGAAAAUGCUCUUUUGGAUGUUAGCCUUCCUGAUCCUUUGUGGUUUUCUAUGGCAUUAUAAAGGACAGCUAAAGAUCACGGACAUCACUGAUAAGUACAUUUUCAUCACUGGGUGUGACACUGGCUUUGGAAACUUGGCAGCCAGAACUUUUGAUAAAAAAGGAUUUCAUGUAAUUGCUGCCUGUCUGACUGAAUCAGGAUCAACAGCUUUAAAGGAAGAAACCUCAGAAAGGCUUCAUACUGUGCUUCUGGAUGUAACUGACCCAGAAAGUGUCAAGAGGACUGCCCAGUGGGUGAAAAUCCAAGCAGGGGAGAAAGGUCUCUGGGGUCUGAUUAACAAUGCUGGUGUUCUCGGCGUGCUGGCGCCCACCGACUGGCUGACAGUGGAGGACUACAGAGAACCUAUUGAAGUGAACCUGUUUGGACUCAUCAGUGUCACGUUAAAUAUGCUUCCCUUGGUCAAGAAAGCUCGAGGGAGGAUUAUCAACGUCUCUAGCAUUGGGGGUCGGCUUGCAUUCAGCGGAGGGGGCUACGCUCCAUCCAAAUAUGCAGUAGAAGCCUUCAAUGACAGCUUAAGGCGGGACAUGAAAGCUUUUGAUGUGCACGUCGCAUGCAUUGAACCAGGAUUGUUCAAAACAGAUCUGUCAGAUCCAGUAAAGACCACCGAAAGAAAACUCACCAUUUGGAAGCAUCUGUCUCCAGACAUCAAACAACAAUACGGAGAAGGCUACAUCGAAAAAAGUCUAGACAAACUGAAAGGCACUACAUCCCUUGUGAACAUGGACCUUUCCCUGGUGGUGGAAUGCAUGGACCACGCUCUCACAAGUCUCUUCCCUAAAACCCAUUAUGCUUCUGGAAAAGAUGCCAAAACUUUCUGGAUUCCUCUGUCUCACAUGCCAGCAGUUUUGCAAGACUUUUUACUGUUGAAACAGAAAGUAGAGCUGGCUAAUCCCAAGGCAGUGUGACUCAGCUGACCACAAAUGCCUGCCCCAGGCUAUGAGAUUGGCUGAUUCCAAGGACAUAUCUCCUUCUCCAUCUCAUUCUUUACCUAAUCCAACCUGGACUCAUUUAGAUGAUGCUUCGUUUGGUAAAAGAAGAGAUCCCACCACCACUGAUGAUGUCCCAGGGUCCCUUCUCAAACUUGAUUUGAAAAGAUGGGCAGGUACGACACCUGCCCGACAGUUAGGCUUUGCCUGCUUGGUAUGACGUAAGGAAAAUGGGAAGCCUUUCCCAUUCAAAAUGAUCUCCACGCCUUGCCUGCCCCAUGCUUCUAUUCCAGAGCACUUAAAAGUAACUCCUGAAUGUUAAAUAUUUGUCCCUUAUCAAAACAUUGAGAGAUAAGU